GAUGUUGGUCUCUCCCCACAGGGUCGGAUUAUCCCAGCACUGCCAAGGACCAGACCCAGACUCUCAGCAAGACCAGGACUGGAACCUGACCCGCACUAACCCAGGUCUGCACGCUCAGCGGGACAGAUCGGCACCCAGACGGGAACAUGGACUUCAUCGAUUCAGGGCUGGCAGCUAAUCAAGGCCAGGAUACUGAGCCUCUCUUCCCCGACAAGAAUGCGUCGCUGGUGCGGAGAGCGGAGGGCGUCACUUUCCCCGGCACGGUGGAGCCCCCGUACAGCACGGCCAUGGGGGCGGUGAACUUCACCGACUAUGACACGGGCCGUGACAUCAUCCCCGUCUACUGCUCCCUGCUGGCCGCCAUCAUCGUCGGGCUGGUCAUCUACGUGACUGUCAAAUGCUGGAGCACCUGCAAGCAGAAGCAGCAACUGGCCAAGGCUCGGGCGGGCGAGCUGGACGGAGGAGGUGAAGGGGAGAAGCUCCACAGUGACAGCGGGGUGUUUGUUGACACCCACAGCCUCCACGAGCCGCAGAUGGCCAAAGCUGCCCGCAUUGACCCCGGCCUCUACAGCAAGUUGCCGGUGCAGAAGCGGCAGGAGAUUGAACGCCUGCUGGUCGGGCAGGCUGGCGGGACGGUGCGCGGCGAUUGGCGUAGCCUGGCGCACCUGCUGGGCUACGAGGAGGAGCGUGUGGCCACCAUCGGCCGCGGCGAGGAUCCGCCGCACACCUUGCUCUCCGACUGGUCGGCUCGGUCGGACGCCACCGUGGACCUGCUCUGCAAGGCCCUGGCGCGGAUGGAGAGGGAGGACAUCGUGGAACGUCUAAAGCCAGAGCCCGCAGUCACCUCCAUGGUGUGAGGGGGCAACCCUGCACCCCCCCCCCACCUGCCCCCCCCCCCCCCCCCCACCGCGCUGCGAGACUCAGACAAGACGCAGAAACGCACAUCCUGUAAGAAACAUGUGGGCAGGUACACGGAUCGGACAGGUUUAGAGGGAUAUGGGCCAAACGCAGGCAGGUGGGACCAGUGUAACUGGGACAUGUUGGUCGGCACGGGCAAGUUGGGCUGAAGGGCCUGU